GUCGAAGCUCCGGAGAAAAUCGAGAAAAUCGGAUCCGAAAUCUCCUCCUUAACCCUCGAAGAAGCUCGCAUUCUCGUCGAUUACCUCCAGGACAAGUUCGGUGUCUCCCCACUGUCCUUAGCUCCUGCUGCAGCGGCUGUUGCUGCUCCGGCAGACGGUGGUGCGGCGGCUGUUGUGGAGGAACAGACUGAGUUCGAUGUGAUUAUCAACGAGGUUCCGAGUAGUUCGCGUAUCGCAGUGAUUAAAGCUGUGAGGGCUUUGACCAGCUUGGCGUUGAAGGAAGCUAAGGAGCUUAUCGAAGGGUU